UGGCGAAACGUGACGUCAUGACGUAGGACGGGGCGUCUCGAAGAAGAUAAACAAAAAGGAAGGAACCUUUCCGACACACAGUCGCGGCAAAAUCGGUUCAAAUAUUUAGCUUACAGGCUACAGCUACUAUUAGGCGUUCACAAUUAUGGACGAGGCGAUAAUAUUUCGCAUGAGUGCAUUUUCAGAGCAAGGAGGAAGAAAAUACAUGGAGGAUGUUGUCGAGAUAAGAAUCGAGUACGAGCCGACGUCGUCUACAGCCGAAGAUUAUCCAAAGUCGCAAAGACAUGGAGGACAGGGAAAAGCGGAAAGUCAACCUUCCAGACAGAUCGACAAUGAAACGAACGAUCACAGCGCAGCCGACGAGUCCGGUCCGGCUUCAGUAAUGUGGACUGAGAGUUUAUCCAACGAGGAGAGUGGAAACAACAGCGCACCGGUGGCGGAUGAAAAAGUCGCCGAGCACGUAGUGGACACUCGGAAGUCCGUGGCGUUUUUCGCCGUGUUCGAUGGCCACGGGGGUCGGGAGGCGGCACACUUCGCACGGGAACAUCUGUGGGAUUUGCUGAAAAGGCAGCGUGGGUUUUGGUCCAAGGACCACAGCGAAGUGUGCGCUGCUCUUCGCAAAGGCUUCAUCGCCUGUCACCACGCAAUGUGGAAAGAGCUACCUGAAUGGCCUAAGACUAUCACUGGCCUGCCCAGUACGUCGGGCACCACCGCCAGCGUGAUCGUGAUUCGUGGAGUUCACAUGUACGUGGCUCAUGUUGGCGAUUCAGCAGUGGUGGUCGGCGUUCAAGAGAAUGAGUCUGACAUCACACUCCAGGCACUUGAAAUAACACAAGAUCAUAAACCUGAGCUGCCUAAAGAGAAGGAACGUAUUGAACGGCUAGGUGGCAGUGUAAUGAAGAAAUCUGGAGUGAACCGUGUUGUGUGGAAAAGGCCCAGAUUGACCCAUAACGGCCCCGUGAGGCGAAGUACAGUCAUCGACCAGAUCCCCUUCCUGGCUGUGGCCCGAUCCCUUGGUGAUCUCUGGAGCUAUGAUUUCUACAGCGGUGAGUUCGUGGUCUCACCAGAACCUGACACCACUGUAAUGACCCUUGACCCAAAACGCCAUCGCUACAUCAUCCUCGGCAGCGAUGGACUAUGGAAUAUGAUGCCCCCCAAGAAUGCUGUUAAUAUGUGUUAUAGCCAUGACAAAAUGGUGGGACCUAAAGGAAUGUCUUGUGCCCACCGCUUGGGAUGCACAGCCCUGCUGUUCUGGAAAGAGCGCAUGCUCCGUGCAGACAACACAACAGUUAUCGUCUUAGCCCUGCAGGAGCGUGGAGGCCCGUCCAUCCCUAUGCACCGAGAUGAAAUCGUUGUAGACAUGGCUACAGGACUAGAUCAUGUUCCAUUCCCUGGGACCCCUUACAACACGUGCGAGGUCCCAAAGCAACGCGACGCAGUGGAAGCUCCUUCUCCAUUCCACCAAGGCUCCCCUGCUCUGGAGCAGGCCUUCGGUCUGUGUGAAGCAGCUUUCUGUGCCACCUCGCUGCUCUUACCUGAUGCUAACUCUGUAAGGGCUCCCCCGCCUCCUCCUGACGGUUCAGCAAAUGUUUUUGAAAAGCAAGACUCGACGACCUCAGUGGACUGUGAGCUUUCCCCUCCCUCGGCCAAAAGGCGCCGCCACCCCUCGUACCCCGACCCCGACGCCCCCCAGCGUCGGCUGGGCCGGUCCCCCAGCAAGAGUCUCCCCCAGAAGAUGCCUCGCAGCGAAGCGCCGAACGAGCCGCUGCGUCACACUCGUGCACAAAAGGGAGAGAGGAGCUCCCCCGAGGAGCGCAGCAUCCUACCACAGCACCACAACGCGGCCUUGUGUGUCUGCUGACUCCUGUCUCCCGCAAACCGGGCCUGAGACCCGAUGGAUGGGUCUCUUCCUGGAUGGAUACUUUUUAUAUGAACUCUUGGUUUUUGGCAAGUGUGUGAGAAAUUCAUGAUUGUAAAAGUGUUGUUGUUUGGACUUUCUUGCUUUGCCCCCCAUUUUAAAAUGUUUGUGUGUUACUGGAAUUAUACAUUUUAAAUUCACUACACAAUCUAUUUUCAUAGGUAUGUACUAUAUAGUAUAUCCAAAAGACUUAUUUUGAACAAGAUAAAUAACCAUAGUCUGACAUGACAUGUUGUUGACACAUAUAUGUUCUUCCAGUUAAGAGUUUUAUCUAAUUAAGUAACUAUUUUAGAUGGUUUGAACUUGUCGUAUGCCAUAACAUUCCAGCCUGUCCUCGAAGGGGUUCAGCGCCUCACACCACUUCUUUAGGACCUUUCCUUUUAAAGAUGAAACGCGCUUUUCUAUCACGUGCGGUCCAAUUCCAGUGCAAAUAAUGGGAAAGCGAACGUGCAGUGGUCUGAGGGAAUUAUGCGGGUAUUGAUUGAUGGAUUCUGUGUCGUUUGUUGUGUUGUUAUCAGUGGCUACCUGUGUACUGUCAUGAUCAGUUGCAGCUCUUAUAAUUGCUUGCUUGUGUGAAGGUUUUAAAGGGCAAGUUCACCCCAAUAUGAAAAGCAUAUGAGUGUGGUUUGAGUGAACUGGUCCUAAGGGUACUUUUAACCACGGUACAGCUAAGCUCCUCAGUUUCGUCUCUCUGCAGUUACAUUGCUGUUGUAUAUUAUUUUGAUACCUCUGGCCUUUAUAACUACAUUAGUUUAAAUAGGUGGAAAGGAAGGUAGUUGGUUGUGUUAAAUGGUUAUUUAUUGUAAAUGUAAAGGCCAAUAUCAACACCUCUGCCUCACUGGAGGGUAGUUUAGAUUCAGUUUGGCGUCUUCUCCAGGUGUGCGCUCUGCACUAACAAACUUUGGAUGCAUCCACCCUUCUCUUGUGUUGUGAAUCUUUUUGCCCGCUUUAAUACACACACACACACAACAGCAGAUGGAUCAUACAGCGUGUUGAAUCCUAGAAGUUGUGCUAACUUCCGAAGUGGCAAACGCUAUGGCAGCUCUUUUCCUGUUCCAGCGGGUCUGUCCGUCUUCCUCUUUGCAUGAACGUGUCAUUGUUGCCUUAGCACAGAUGAAACACAGGUGCUUAUCAUGCCUUUUUAUUUUUUCAGGGCCCGGUAUGAAAUAUGUCCUGGUGAAGUGUGGCUCGAUGUGAAGCAUUUCUCUUAUAUGUAAUUUUAUUAUUCUCUCUGCAGCGAACAGAGCCUGCUCCAUGUGGAUCCUCUUCCACUUCAGAGCAGUUUGUACAUUUUUGUACAGUACAUGAAUAUGCAAUAGAAGUUUGUACAGUACAUGAAUAUGCAAAGUAAUGUUUCUUUGAGGAGUGUGGCAUGCUCAGAUCUACUCUGUAUUAUGUGAAGUGGAUGUUAAAGAGCAUGUUGUGUGUUUUGACAAUUACUCUCCUUGGAUUUGGUUUCAUGUCCACUACAGUCCCCUGUCAUGACUAACUGUAUAAAUGAAAGUAAUCAGUUGUACAGUAUUUCUGUGUUGUAAUAAAGUUCUCAUUUUCCAA